AUGAAUUGCUUUGUCAAAACUUGGAGGCACUCUGCAAACAUUUCAGCCGUGGCCCGGUUAAGCUACCUUAGCGUUGACGGAAUUGUUUGGCCAGGUAUGAGUUUAGAACUGGAAACUGAUCCAAACGUGAAGGACAUACCGGCUUCGUACCAAAUUGCUUUCAAAAGUAGUAGCUUCAACUAUCAAUCAAUUUUGCUGGAGGACGUGGAGGAAGUCAUCAGAUUUUGUGGUCAUGCCUUAACCAGCUUAAAACUGUGUUUUAAAUCGGGAGCAGGGUUUACGCCCGAGAUUAUUGAAUCAAUCAAAAAAAUCAAAGGUUUAAAAAUGUUGUUCAUUGCAUCGGAUCCCUAUGGACUUCAAAAAAAUCACCCAAAAUUGAUUGAAGAUUUACUCAAUGUGACAAACGAGCUACAAUCCCUAUCACUUGACAUUGGAUCGAUCCGACCUCUGCGCUUAAAUCGCGAAGCCCUCCCCAGUUUACAACACUUGGCGGCUGCGUGCGACACGAACGACUUGAACGCCAUUACAGACUUUUGUGAAAACCACGGUCAUAACAUCAAAUGCUUAGAAUAUCUUGCGCAUCCCGGGUGCGAUAGAGCAUCCGAAGUCAUUUUGGCGUUGCGGGAUUUGCUAGAGAUUUUAUUUGUACAAUCUGUCCCAAAUCUUCUCCCGGCCGAGAUAAGUCGUUUGAGUUUUCCUAAAUUAAAGGUCAUACGAAGUAUCAGUUCGCCAGUUGAGAACCCUAGCCUGGCUUGGUUGCAACUAGACAUAUUGGCAAACGUGCAGGUUUACAUAACGGACUAUUGGUGCUCGCACAAAUAUUGGCGCAAGGGAUUGAAAGGACUCAAGAUGGAAUCGCUCAUAAAACCUGUCGAUUUCGAACACAUUGUAUUUAUAACUGGCCAUGAGCCUGGCGUGGAAGAAAAAAGAGUGUUGGCGGAAGUUUUUCGUCGCCACCACAUACAUUGUCAUUUCAAGAGUUGCUUGGACUAUAUCGAGUUGAUGGUAAGUCCUCCACUUGCUAACUUUGAAAUGUCAUUACAAUCAGAACUUGUGGAAAAGCAAUGGCCAUUUUUUUGGCCAAUUUCGAAACGCGGCUCAAAGUGA